AUGGAACUCGCUAUUGAAAAAAAUAUUCGAUUUCAUAAGAUUAAGAGAGUUCUCCAUCUCUUAGGCCACGAUAGCAAGAUUCACUUGGCAGGAAACCUUGGCCUAGGAAUCCCUUCAGAUCUUCAUCCAUUGGAUUGUCACUUGUUACAUUCAGAUAAUGCACAGAACAUUUGUGUAGAGUGGAAAUAUAGAGCUCAACUUCACAUUGACUACUGGCACGAAGAAAAUCUCAGCUGCUAUAAUUUACAGUGGAGAAGUCUGGCACCUAACACCUAUUUGAAGGACUGCUAUAGUUUGUCUGGGGCUUAUUGGUUUGGAAUGGGUGAAAUGUAUAAAACGUCUUUUCCUUUCUCCAAUAUAUCACUUCCAUUACAACCUUUUAUAACAGGGGAUGCAUAUCAAGAUCAGUUGGGACCAGUUCUUGAGAGAUAUUGGCUAUCAUCAAAAGGAGUUGCAAUCCGUAUUGACCCAGAAAUCCCGCUUUACGUUAGUGUAAAUAGCAGCGGUGAUGAGAAAUUGUGUUUAGAAGCACAGUUUGACAGCAUUCCUCCUGAUUCGACAAGAACAAAACUUUUCCUAUAUACUAUUUGUAAGGAAGAUAACAUCGUUCUAACUCACUUACACGUAAUGAGAAAAUUUCAUUUGAAAACCCAAAGUACUUCCAAUGUUAGCAUUUAUAAGAGUCUAUUGUGGUCAACAGAACCCAAACUAACUGCAAUCUUGACCAACGAGUCUCUACUGAAUUAUGCUAGUCAUAUUGCAGAACACGGGCUUGAACCUGGAUAUAUAGUGUUACCCUAUAAUUGGGAAAAACAUAAGGGUGAUUUUGAAUUUCAUCCAAAUUUUGCUGAAAAUCCAAGUGACGUUAUUAACACGUUGCACAGCAAAGGAUUUCGAAUACUGCUGGCCAUUCAUCCAUAUGUUUGUAUUGAAUCAUCAGUUUUCAGCAAAGGGGUAAAACGGUCAUAUUUUAUAUCAGACCCUAAAUGGGACGUGCCACUUCUGUCUCGUUGGAAAGGCUCAAUGUGUGCAACUAUUGAUAUUUCAAAUCAAAAAGCUGCGGAUUGGUAUAUUUCUCGUCUAAAAGAACUUAAAGAAAAAUAUGGAAUCGAUGGAUUUAUUUUUAUUGGGGGUUAUUCGUCUUCUUUGCCUCGGUCUUACAAUCAUCAUAGAAAGCUUAUUAACCCAAAUUAUUUUGUAACAGAAUUUCUGAAGUUAGCACACGAGUUCGGACCGAUUUCGGGAGCAUCUGUUGGUUUUCAAACCAAAAACGUCAAUGUGUUUAUGAAAAUAUCUCCUAGAACAUCUACGUGGGAUUCUUCGAAAGGAAUCGCGUCAGUUAUACCGACAGUGCUAACACUAGAGUUGCUGGGAUAUGCCAUCGUUAACCCUGGUGCAGUUGGGGGUGAUAUACUAAGAACUGCAAACAACACGAGACCAGAAAGAGAGUUGUACAUAAGAUGGAUCCAGCUAUCCGCAUUCAUGCCAAUUUUACAGUUUUCUUUCCUUCCAGGAGAUUACGACUUGGAGGUGAUUAAAGUUGCCAAAGUUAUGUAUAAGAUACGUGAACAGAAAGUACUGCCUCUUCUAAAACGAUGUAUCAAAGAAUAUGUAGAAAUUGGAACCCCAUUGUUACGCCCUUUGUGGUGGAUGGAACCAAAAGAACCAAAUGCGUACAUGUGCAAUACAGAAUUUUCCAUUGGAAAUGAAAUUGUUGUAGCGCCUGUUCUAGAAAAAGGAAAGAACAGCCUAGACAUAUAUUUACCGAAAGGUUGGUGGCGUGACGAAAUAACAACUGAAAAAUUACAAGGAGGUAAAUGGCUUUACAACUAUUCUGUCCCUUUAGAUAAAGUGGCUUAUUUUACACGCGCUAUUCUAUCCUCGUGA